AUGAAUCAUACAUAUGCUGAGGAGACAUCAAGCGUGGGUCUGAAACUCAACACAGACAAAGCCUUUCUUCCCGACAUCGAGCCCAAUUCUGGCCAUGAGGAGCAAGAAGUCGGGAGUGCACCUCAACACCAACGGCGCCGCCACUCCACCAUCUUCGGCUGGUUACCUAGAGUAAACAUUGGCUUCUUUUCCCGGAAUCCGAGGCAUCGUAUCUCUCAUCUAAUCCCUCCAAUACGUCCUCUUUUGCUUCGCUCAGCAUGCUUCCUUCUCCCAAGCUUUCUCCAGUCUCGCAUACGAAGACGACGCCCCUUUUGUUCCGCAUCACCAGAGAACCAAAAGAAAAGGGAUAAGGAGAGACAUGAUGAGGAACCUCGGACUCUAAGCCCAACAGCGUAUCUGGACGGCAUGCGCGGCAUCGCUGCGUUUUCCGUCUUCCUCUGCCACUACUUCUACACAUGCUUCGUCAUCGCCGAAGGCUGGGGCUCGGGAGGGAGCAACUACAAUUUCCUCAAACUACCCAUUAUCCGGCUCUUUUACUCCGGGCCACCAAUGGUGUGUAUCUUCUUCGUCAUCUCCGGCUACGCUAUAUCUUUGAAACCACUCAAACUUAUCCACUCGGCUUCUUGCUCAUCCGGUUCUUCUACCACAGCUCAUGCUGAUGAGCGCAACUAUUCCAAACUCUUCGAAACCCUCUCCUCGCUUGUCUUCCGGCGCGGUCUCCGGCUCUUUCUCCCACCCGCCAUCUCGACCUUCCUCAUCGUUCUCCUCCUCCGGCUUGGAGCCUAUGAAUGGAACCGCGAGUUCGCUUCAGACGAGAAUUUUCUGAGAAACGUCCAGGAGAUCCACUACGAGCGAUUCCAGUCCGCCACGGAGCAGUUUGUUGAUUGGACAUAUGCCAUGCUCAACUUUGUGCACCUGUGGGAUUGGGAUGCGUUUGCGGGGUCAACGGGGAUUGAUGUCCAUUUAUGGACGAUCCCUGUGGAAUUUCGGGCUUCCAUGGUGUUGUUUUUGACAAUACUGGGGACGGCGAGGUUGAAUAGGGGGGUCAGGAGGGGAGUCGUGUUAGGUUGGUGUGGGUUUGCCUUUCUAUGGGAAAGGUGGGAGAUGUGUUUGUUUUGGAUGGGGAUGGUGUUAGCGGAGAGUGAUCUGAUCAGGGAGGUAGAGGCAAGACAGGAGAAAGAAGGAAGAGUUCAGGGCGGUUUCGCGGAGAGGAACGGAGGAGAAGGAGUGUUGCCGGUUGUUGAGCCGGUGUUAGCGAGGAAGGGAGAUGUCAUGCCGCAGCAGCGACGUCAUCCCCAGCGACACCCGCAAGAGACAACGGCAAGAGGCCCUGAUAUAUCCUCGGAUAUGACCAUUGUUGGUUCCGGAGACGAGACUUCUCACGAGUCUCACCAACCACCGACUCCAUCACCGCCGACAACAGCAGUAGCUGGCAGAUCUCUCCCUGCCGGGAUCACCCUCUUCCCGACACUCCUCCUGGUAAUUUCCCUCUACCUCCUCUCCCAACCCGACAUAAACUCCCACCUCACCCCAGGCUGGAUUACCCUCACCUCCCUAAUUCCUCACUGGUGGACAGAACACUACCGCUUUUAUCAAUCCAUAGGGGCAGUCCUCUUCGUCUACUCCGUUUCCCGGUAUCCAUCCUCCUCUGAUUCCCGCUCUGGUUCCUCAUCCCACCCCCCAUCCGUCGCCGGCUCAUGUUCCCCCAACACUGGUCCGACCACCGCCGUCCCCAUCUUCUCUUCAAUCCUGAACCCCAAGACCCUUUUUGAAUCCUCCAUCGCACGACACCUCGGCAAAACUUCCUACGCCAUCUACCUCGUUCACGGUCCCGUGCUUCACACCCUCGGAUAUACCAUGAUGAAGUUCACCUGGACUCGGGUAACAGGAACGGAGACGAAUGAGCAGUACGUCACGGGGUUUGUCUUGGCCAGUCUAGCCGUGAUACCGUUGGUGAUCUGGGUGGCGGAUGUGUUUUGGAGAGGGGUGGAUGAGCCGGUGGUCAGGUUGGCUAGGAGGUUGGAGCAGCGGGUGGUUGUUGGGAUAGGCGAGUGA